GAGCUAUGGCCUCUCAUUAAUGAUUAAUAAUUCAAGUUCUGGAGUGGCGCAGAAUACUGAGUGUCCUGGCAAGAGCUAAGAGAAGCCUGCUCAGAGAAAACACAGGAAGCCCUCCCUCAGGCACUAAGUUGAAAGAAAAAACACAAUGGCCACAAUGGUAGAAUUGAGCCCUACAGGUGAGCAGAGUGACUAUGUCCUGGGCAAGCCAACAGACAAGAAGACCCCUCCCCAAAAAGUUCCAGGUUUAUGUUCCGUGCGCUAUGGAAUAGCCUUCAUCACACAUUUCUGCAACUUCACAUUGUUGGCACAGAAUGCCAUCAUCAGCAUCACCAUGGUAGCCAUGGUCAAUAGCACAGACCAUGCACCCCACCUCAACGGCUCCUCCGAAGAGCUUCCUGCUGGUUUAAAUGGUGACAAACAUGAAGAAGCCUCAAAGCAUCUUUCUGUAAAGGCCCCUGUGUAUAACUGGAGUCCUCAAACCCAAGGAAUCAUCUUCAGCUCUGUCCAGUAUGGCAUGGUGCUAAUGCAGGGUCCUGGCGGAUACUUGGCUGGGAAAAUAGGAACGAAGAAACUGGUGGGAAUUGCACUGAUAGGGUCUUCACUGCUCACUCUCUGCAUCCCACCGGCUGCCAAUCUUGGACUAGCUUAUCUCCUGGCCACACGGGCAAUCCAGGGCUUAAUGCAGGGUACCGGGUAUGGAGGUCAGAUGGCACUCUGGCAGAGAUGGGCUCCUCCGAAUGAGCGCGGCCGACUCUGCAGCAUUGCAUUAUCAGGAAUGAUCUUGGGAAUCUUUACUGUCCUCCUUGUGGGCGGCGUCAUUAGCAACUCCCUCGGGUGGCCCUUUGUCUUCUAUAUCUUUGGAGGUAUUGGUGUUGUCUGCUGGAUUCUCUGGCUCAUUCUGGUUUACGAUGAUCCUGUCUCUCACCCAUGGAUAGGCGACCCAGAAAAGGAGUACAUCUUAUCCUCUCUGGACCAUCAGUUCAGCUCAGAAGAGCAGCCACUUCCCGUCAAAGGCAUGCUUAGAUCUCUGCCCCUCUGGUCCAUGAGUCUUUGCGCUCUGACCCAUCAGUGGCUUGUUAACACCUUUGUGAUAUACACCCCAACAUACAUCAGCUCUGUGUUCCAAGUUAACAUCAGAGACAAUGGGUUCCUGUCUUCUCUUCCCUUUUUGGUUGCCUGGACCAUUGGCAUGCUGGGAGGCCAGCUGGCAGAUUUUCUACUGAGCAAGAAUUUUAGCGUCGUAACUGUGAGGAAAAUCGUCACAACUUUAGGAACUAUUCCCCCUGCAACUCUCAUUGUGGCUCUGCCCUAUGUCCGAUCCAGCUUUAUCACAACAGUUACAUUUCUGACCCUCUCCUGUGGAAUAUGCCCUAUGAGUCAGCCAGGAGUCUAUAUUAAUGCAUUAGAUAUUGCUCCAAGGUAUGCCAGCUUUCUCAUGGGAACAUCAAGAGGAUUUGCACAUUCAUCUGCUGUGCUGGUACCCAUUGUUGGUGGCUUUUUCCUUAAUCAGGACUCUGAGUUCGGGUGGAGGAAUUUCUUUUUCUUAUCAUUUGCGAUUAGCCUAUUUGGUUUGAUCCUGUUCCUCGUGUUUGGGAAAGCAGAUGUCCAAGAAUGGGCUAGAGAGAGGAAGGUCACUCGCUUGUGAAGAUGUCCUGUUUUCAGUAAAGAAGUCAUUUCACACGCUGUUUCCUAUGUGGGAAGAAGUUCAUAAACAUGGCAUCAGAUCCCCUCAUCAUUCAGACUUUUUUUUUUUUUGAGAAAAAUAUAAGAUGAAUAAAACAUCAAGUAAAAUGUCAGCAAGAGACUGCGUUGUCAGCUUUUAGUUGAGAAUGUGGGUGCUGGCAUGGUAAUGUCACAGUUUUUAAAUACAAGAACCAGCAUUUUUGAACCCUUGGGCAAGAAAGAUUGGUAAUCUUACUAAAGCAAUUAUUUAUUUUCUAUUUGCUAUUGAUUUCAUUUUUUAUGUAUGUGGUGCUGGAAGUAGGGCUUAUACUCACUCCUAGCCUGUAGUUUUUAUUUCCUGGAACAUAUUGUCAUGUUCCAUUCUUCAUUCAGGUGACUGGAGGGUGGGUGGCAUGGCCUGUACCCACACCCCCUUGUCCACCGGCUUCAGCCAGAUUCUUUAUGGAGAAAGGAAAACAUAUUCUCCGGAACUCAGCAGAGUCAUUGCAAUCCUCUGCCCUAGCAGGCAACCCUCUUCAUGUGUUCUCGUAACUUCCUCCCUCUGCCUAUUUGCUUUUCUUUGUCUUUCUUUGUGCCAGCUCUGAUGCUCUUAGAACCUGUUGUGAUUUUCUUGCCCUCUGGCUGAUCCUGUGCAAACAAUCUCUUUUCGCCCUGUCCUAACACUGCUCGCUGUGGCUGUCAUCUUUCUUCUGUGGGCCCACGGAGGUGGUGUAAUAAAUUCUGAUUGUAGAUCAGGGCAAGAUUAGAAAGGUGAAGCACGAACAAAUCCAGCAGUGACUGUGAUUUUGAUAUGAGUUCUAAUCUGUCUGUUGGGGCACUGACAUGUGUCAAAUAUAGUUUUCCUUCAAUUGUGCCUGGUAAACCCUGUCUUAGGUAGAGUAGCAGAGGGACAUACAUGGGACACUGACAAAGGUCUUCAAUUCCAUGCUAAAAAAUACAAGGAAGGCUCCUUCCCUCAAGCAAUUCCUGGGCUAGAUGAUAGAUGGAGAGGCCAACUUCUACAAAAGCAUAAAAGCAUAAAUGCCUUCUGACGGGAGUUCGCCUGCAUGCAAUUAGAGGAAUGUGUGUGGCUAAAGUAUGCAGUGCUCACGUGUCAUGGGAGAGAGUUUGAGUAGAUUUUAUAAGCAGUAAAGUGGGGAUCGUAGCAAUAGUUACACGGACAGAUCUUUUUAAAGCAUUCUUCUACUUUCAUUUCAGAUUUAGGAUGACUAGUAAAAUGAUCAUCUGUAUACUGGUCUUUUCAGCAGUUUUGAGGACUGGAAUAAGGCAGGACAAGCUGAAAUAAAGAGACAAGGAUGAAAAAUGUUUGCCUGGAAGGAUCUUGGGAGUCUCCCAUUUAACUGGAUGGUGAUGAGAGUCCUUUCCUGUGAAACCAAGUAAAAUACUAAGUAGAAAAUGCAGACAGAUGAGCUCUGCUCAGGGGAAGGAGAACAAGCUGGCUGGGAUGGACUGGGUCAGCAGCGAUGGUGGGAUGAUCAUGUAGCCAUGAAUCAGUUUUCUGUCUUGACAAACUGCCACCAACCAGGCAACUUUAAUAACAGUAACUAUUAUCUCUAUGCCCCCAGAGAGGCUGAUGCAAAUCUGAAACAUUAGAGAGAAGAGGAAACAUUGGCCUCAUGCACCCGAAUUUACCUAGAAGCAGGAAAGAGGAAAAUAAAAAGAGAUGAACUCUACAGUGACCAUAUUGAAAUAAUGUCCUUGAUACCGUCAUGUGUUAUUGUAGACACAGAUUCACAGAUAAAUUUGUUAACAUACAAAUUGCUCCCAGUAGACUGAUAUACAUGAGGGAACACCGACUGAGCUCUCAUCUAGACCUAUAGUCUGGAAGUUUCCAUUUAGUUCUGUUCACCCCCACUGUCAGAACCGCACUUACCCAUCAUGCUGUUAUCUUACACAAAUGGCAACCAAGCAACUUGCCAUCAGGGCAACCUCACUCUUCAUUCAGAAAAAAACAAACCAACAAACGAAUGCAUCCGGCUUCUUACCACACUAAUUUUCAUCCCUUUCCUUCACUGGCAAGCUCUAAUAGUUGCAGCUCUCUUCAGGAAAGACUAUACUCAAAAAGCUAAAGAAACCAAAGGGAAAAAUACUAUGCGUUUAAAAUUUUCAGAGGCAACCAAAAUCAAUGGAGUUUUGUUGCUUUGAUGGGUUUACUUUAUUAUUGGUCACAAACUUGGAGCCUUUUCAUCAACUCUAAAAGAUUCUACUAAUGAGGCACUAUACAACGUGGGCUACUGUAUAAGAACUUUGCCAAUCUGUAGUGGCAGAAAUACACAGACAUUUUUAUUGUUUAUGGCUCGCCGUGAGUGUUUUUGUAUUUAAUCUGUUGGCCUGGCAGCAGGUAAUGAGGUAAGCUGCUGCAGCUGAGUUGCUAAAAGCAGGUUGGCUCCUAAAUCACAACAUUCCUCCCUUUUGUUUAUUAUAAAAGGUGAGUGGGUAGGAAGGAGUGAUGGUGAGGCAGGAAUGAGGGUGCUGUGCUCUUUGGGCUGCUUCCUGCCGAUUAGGGGCAACAGUAUCUUUGGGGAGCCAAGAAAAUUGGGAUGCUGUCUAAGUCCUGGGAAAGCUUACGGUUUCACUCACUGUCCAGGCUCUGUGGGAUCAUCUGGAGCUGGGAAAGUGCUGGCCUAGUUGAAGCAGUCUGUGAGGCUGGACCAGCUGGGGCUAGCUACUUUGAAGCUGUCAAGGAUGCAGACUUGGAGGGGACACCUGGACCUGGCAGGAUGCUGGAACAGUUUCACUGGGCACUUACGAUAAUAGUGCUUGAUCUUUUUCAAGCAUUGCUGCUAGAGCAGAUUCAUUAAUCAUUAUUCAACCAUUACCCUUAGAAAGAACUUAGAGAUGUACAUUGUUAGCAGUGACCGCCACCCUUAGAAAGAAUUUGGAAAAAUAGAUUGUUUAGCAAGUUUAGGUUACAAUGGUACCCCUUCCCCUCCCCCCAGUGGCUCUGAUGUAGAAAAUCUUGAGGAACAAAUUGAAGUUCAUAAAGGCAUACUCUUGAUAGUUGACUAGGGACUUUCUAAGGUUAGAGAGCAAGAACAAUAACCCAAAUUAGCACUAGCCGACGUGACUCUCUAGCUGACGCUGGGCGAAAUCAAGAUGAUGAUUAAUUUCUUGUACCCAUUUUUGCCCUCAGCUUCCUGAUAUGAUUUAAUAAAAAUUGUUAAUGAGUAGAUUUUCACCUUGAGUAUUUAAAGUAGAAAUGGCUGAUUGUUUUGAUAUAAAAGUUUAGAUUUGUGAUUCGUUUUAGAUUUUUGUAAGAUUACUUUUUAAGAUAAUUGAUUCUUUGCAACUGCAAAUUGCAGCCUGACAAUAAAGAGAAACUGGCUAAGAAAAUUACUUUGCUUGCUUGCAUUUUGUUAAUCUAUAACAGGUUGCUUAGUUACAAAUGUGUGUGGGUUCUUGGGAAUAAUUUGUUUUCUUCACCUGUAAUAUGUAAGAUGUUUUUAUGUAAAGGUAUUGGGGAAACAUUGUUUUUUUUUCUCAUGUGAUAAUUUACAAAAGAAAAAUGUAGUCAUAUUGUAACUUUCAUACUGCUUGAAUGAUUUUGCUGGGAUAUAUAAGCUGGAGGAAAGAAAAUAAAGUUGUUGAAGCUUGUUGGAACUUG